CGGGGAGGGAGGGGGGGGGUUUAUUUUUAGCCCCUGAAUGGAUCAGAGCUGGAGCCGGGCUCUCUGCCCCCGGCCGGGCCACGGCAUCAUGUUGUGCUGGGAGGGCUCUCCUGCCAGGCUGCUCGCAUGGCUCCGUCCCCGCCGGGGGCUGGGGGACAGGCAUGGAUAACUUCGAGUACAGCAUCCAGCUGAACGACCGGGAAUGGGCUGAGUUCUUCCAGGCUUCCGAGGAGUGCAGCCUGGCGCCGGCCUCGCUGGCCACGGCCGAGGAGCAGUGCCUCAGUGACAUUGAGCAAGGGGACACCUCGGGACGGGACUGUCCCCGCGGCACCGACGGGGUGGCAGCAGCCGGGCCGGGCAGCGAGCCAGCAGCGCCUGGCACGGCCAGCCCUGUGCCACGUGGGGUGCCCGGUGACACCGCCCUGCGCCGCCCGGAGCGUGGGCACCUCUCCGGGCCGGAGCUGCUGUCGGGCAGCGAGGACGAAGCGGAGCCGCGCUCCGUGGGCAGGUUCCUGUGCGACAGCGACAAGCCCAGCUGCCUGGCACCCGCUGCCAUGCCCAGCGCCCAGAGGAGGCAGCCACCGAGGCCACCCGCGGGCACCCCGGCCGGUGGCACAGCCCAGGGUGGCUCCGGGCAGGACACGGCGGUGGCAGCGGCCGGAGGCAGCCCCGCCAUGGAGCAGGGCGGGGAUGCAGGAGGGGGACAAGCCCUGCUGGCACAGCCGGGAGCGGUGGCACCGCCAGAAGCUCCGGCAGCCUCUGCUUCGGCCGAGGGACCGGCCGAGAAAAGCGCUGUCCCCUCGGAGCCCGGGCUGCGGGGACACGCGGGGGACACCCCGAGCCCGUCCCUGGGGAUGGGAGCCAGGGUGGCAGCGGAGGAGGAGAAGGCGGGCACGGAGCCGAGCUCGCCGGGCGGAUCCCCCAGCGUGGUGAGGCCCAAGGUGCCGGCACAGCCGAAGAAGAGCCGCAAGCAGCGCGGAGCCAGCGGCACCGAGGGGGACAGGGACCCUGCGGCGGCACCGGGCGCCACCGGGGCCGGCAAGGCACCGCCCGGCUCCCCGAUGUCCCCUCGGAAGGGCAGAGGGAAGGACAAGGCGGCCAAGGGAGCGCUGGUGAGGCUGGGCAGCGAGGAGGCUGCGGAGAACAAGCGGGCGGUGCCCGGCCCUGGCGCGGAUGGCGGCGAUGCCCAGAGUGCUCCCCCGAAGUCCCCGGGGAAGACAAAAGCCACCAAGCCCCCAAAGGCAGGGCAGGCCGGUGGCUUGGGCGUACGUGACAGUGUCCCCGUGGUCCCUGGCGAGGGCACCGCGCCUCCUCCAGGAGAGGAGAGCCAGGAGAUGCCAGGGAAGCCUCUCCAGCCCGGGAGCGCGGCAGCGUUUGGAGGGAAUGCUGCUGAGGGGGCUGGGGGGGAGCCUGCUGCUGCUGAAAUUCCCAGGAAACCCUCGGAGAUCCCUGCAGUUCCUGCUGCUGAGAUCCCUGGAAUUCCUGCAGCUGAGAUCCCCAGGAAGUCUGCAGCUGAGAUUCCCAGGAAACCCUCGGAGAUCCCUGCAGUUCCUGCUGCUGAGAUCCCUGGAAUUCCUGCAGCUGAGAUCCCCAGGAAGUCUGCAGCUGAGAUUCCCAGGAAACCCUCGGAGAUCCCUGCAGUUCCUGCUGCUGAGAUCCCUGGAAUUCCUGCAGCUGAGAUCCCCAGGAAGUCUGCAGCUGAGAUUCCCAGGAAACCCUCAGAGAUCCCUGAGGUUCCUGCAGCUGGGAUCCCUUGGGAGCCUGCAGCUGUGAUUCCCAGGAAACCUGUACCUGAAAUCCCUUGGGAGCCUGCAGCUGGGAUCCCCAGGAGUCCUGCAGUGGGGAUCCCCUGGGAGCCUGCAGCUGAGAUCCCCAGGAUUCCUGCAGCUGAGAUCCCCAGGAUUCCUGCAGCUGAGAUCCCCAGGAUUCCUGCAGCAGGGAUCCCCAGGAUUCCUGCCAUCGAGAUCCCCAGGAGUCCUGCCAUUGAGAUCCCCAGGAUCCCUGCAGCUGAGCUCCCCAGGAUCCCUGCCAUUGAGAUCCCGUGCGAGCCUGCAGCUGGGAUCCCCACGAUUCCCGGGGCUGGGAUCCCUUGGGAAGCUGCAGCUGAGCUCCCCAGGGCCGUCAGCCCCCUGUGCUUUGCUGACGGGGCCUCUGGCAAGCCCAGCUCCCUGGAUGUGACCUGGCCCGAGAUGUACGAGUACCUGUUCUGUGAUUCCCAGGAGGAGGAGGAGCUGGGCAGCUCCCUGGAGGGGCGCAGAUCGCCCUUGCAGGGGGAAAUCUCCUGGCCUGAACUGUACGAGUAUUUUUUCAUCGAGCCAGAAGGAAGCAGGAAAAAAGGCAAAGCUAAAGACAGGAAAAGAAAGAAGUUCAGAGGUUUGGACCGCCCUGGGCUGCACAAGGAGGCUCCCAGCUCUGCUCCAGACAAGGACACCGUGGUUAUCUCAGUCCCUGAUGUGUAUGAACACUUCUUCCCAGAGCCAGCCCCCAACAGGAUGGGCUGGAGAGGGAUUUUCUCCAUGGCUCCGGCCUCCGAGGUGAAGAAAGCUGUGGGGGCUUUGAGGUCCCUGCUGCAGAGGCAGGGGCAGCUGCGAGGAGGCCAAGCCUCAACCUCCCAGGCCCUGGUGCCCCGAAGAUCCGGGGAGGAGCUCGCCCUGGUCCCGCUGGGAGGAGCCCAGGUGUGGCCAGAAGAUGCAGACGAGGCCCUGGCACUGAGAGGAGCAGCAGAGGAGCCCCGGGUGCUGAGCCACAAGGACAUGUGCCUCGUCUUCUGCGCCUUCGCCUCCUGGGCCGUCAAGACAUCUGACCUGCAGGCUCCGGAUGCCUGGAAGACCAUGUUCCUGGCAAGCUUUGGCACCCUCUCGGCCAUCCGCUACUUCCGAAGGCAGGUCAGGGAAGGGCACCCCCGGACUUAACCCCUGCCACGCCGGAGCCGCUGCCCGGGGCCGGGACUUUGUUCUGGACAGUGGGAGAAGCCUGGAGGCAGCACCGAGAGCUUCCCCGGCCCCAUCCCGGACGGGACAGGGUGGCACAGGGAGCGGGAGCCUCCCGGGGACGGGAACUGACGGUAGGGCAGGACAGGGGCUGGCAGUGCCCGCCGGCUGCUGCGCUGGAGUCACCUGGUGGCACCGAGGAAGCAGGGAGGUGCUUCAUCCCGACAAAAGAGCCGGGAUAUCUGUGAAGGAGCAAAAGAGAGCUUUGGGAAGAGCCUGGCCGGGGCUGGGCUGGGCAGCAGCUCCGGGGGAUGCAGGGGUCGCUGCCUUGGAUCCCGUGAACGAUUUGAGCACUCCAGCAGGGCUCAUCCUCUUGGAUUUCACUCCGGGAGGGCUCAUCCUCUUGGAUUUCCCUCCAGCAGGGCUCAUCCUCUUGGAUUUCACUCCACAAGUCCCAGCUCGGGGAUAAGGUUUCUGCCGCACGUGGAUGGGUCCGUCCCUGGGGACAGCGGGGCAGGGACAUGUCCCCGUCCCCAGGAGAGGACGGGCAGGGGUCACACGGGGCAAGGGGCAGCCGGGGAGGGUCCUGCGGGGCUGCACAGGCUGGGAAGGGCAGCAGGGAAAGGGGCUGAGCUCAGGGAGGUCUCAGGAAAGGGGACAGGAGGAUGUUGGAGAGGAGGGAGGAGGAGGUGGGCAGGUUUGGCCGUGCCAGUCAGCAGGGAAAUGUUGGAUUGGGUAUUUGAUUCAUUUCCUUUUGUGCCUCCCGUCCUGGAGAGGCAGAGCUGGCUGGGGGAGACGUGGGGUGAGGGUGGAAGCUGUGGGAUGGGGAGUGGGAUGGGAAGUGGAAAAUGAAAUGGUUCGGUUCCCCCUCUCCCCAGUGCCUCCCUCAGCACCCCAGGCCAUUAUUCAGGAGGAAUUUCCUCCCCUCACCAGCCAGAUUGAGAUCCACGGGGGCUCUGCCCUGUGUUUGUGAGGUGCCAGCAGAGAGAGGGGGGUUCUUUCCUUGUGCUGAGAGUGCCACGAGGAUUUCAGGGGUGCAGAGGUGGCUGUGGGUUAUCGCUGAGAGGAGGGCACGGGGGGAUCUGGGACUGGGAGCUGGGGCUGGACAGGCUCUGCACGGCCUCAACACCCACGGAGAGGGCUUCUGUGGAGGAGGAGAGCAGACGGAAUGUGCUGGAAGCUUCUAAUAAAGCUCUGUCUCAUUUACUA